CUAUGUUGAAGUAUGCAGUAUGUCCAUGUAUGUGUUAUGGGCAGCAAUAUUCCCUUACACAUGCAUAAAGGAGGUUAUUAGGCAAGUAUUUGUUGGUCUGUGCAGAAGCAAUAGUUUUCGCGUGGCGAAGCAUGACAACUAUAGGCGCAAGAGACGUGAGUCUGGUGAUGUGAGGGCGCUCCCUGGAGGCCUCGGUUGUGGUGGUGGGGGCAGACAAGACUCAUGUGAGAAUGAGAGGCACAUUCGAGGGGAGGUUGAGAGCAAGAGCCUUCCCACAGGCCAUCUUACCCAUCUUACUGAUGAGGAGUGGACCCCUAUUGGCAAUCUCAGUCCCCCUCCACAUCCCCGCCAGCAAAGUCGCCACCGCCGUCGCCACCACACCCAGCACCUCCCUGUAUGUGGUGGAGCUCGGGACUCUUGGGAGGACUCCAAAAAGGGAGAGCAGGAAGUACUGGUAGUCCUCACCAAAAAUGAGCUAGACAAGGCCAACAAAGAUACACAUCACAAAUUGUUACCAGAAGACUUUAGGAUAAAACUUUGGUGGCUGGUUACAUACGUUAACAAAGGAGGAAGCAAUGCCUUAGAGUCUCGGGAAAGUGGUUCGACUCCAAGCACAAUCACGCCCUCGGGUUCCUCGUCCGACACAGAUGACGACGACGAUGAUGACGAAGAAGAGGGAAGUGACUGGGACUCAGGCGAGUCCACCCACUUGUGAGCGCACGAAGCUUUGGCUGAGUAUUUUGGCUUGGCAUUGCGUACCUGACCCACCGGAACUGAUGCAUGUAGCAUUUCCCGUUCACAAUCUUAGGGCAGUGCUGGUCAUCCCUUACCCACUUUAUGCAGUCUACGACAAAGUUCAGUUCAUCUGUGAUGGAUGGCCAUAUGAGAAUGUAUAGUAUUUUCAUGGAUAAGUAAAUUUCCUAUACUCUGAUGUAUAAGGGUUAAGUUCAAUUGGCCACAGUCUUCAAUGUUCACUUUGUAAUAACUUUUAUUGAAGUGCAAAUGCAUGUUAAUAAGAAAAAAAGACUGAAGACAGGAUUUUUAAGCUGCCAUGGAAGUUGCUCUGAAAUGGAUAAGUUCAGUUUAAGUAAAAAGUUGGGAUUUUUUUUUUUUUAUAUGACCAAUGUCAGAGGAUUCAGGAUUUUAGAAAUUUUCAUACGACUUCCAGAUUUUAUGAAUAAGAAAAAGAUCAACAAAAGAGUGCUUGUGUAUCUGUAUAUACAAAACUUGGCAAAUACGCCUCACAAAAAGAAAAGUAAUUUAUUAAUGUACAUUAAACAAUACUCCUUGAUCUCGUUUUGUGACAGUUCAGGUGUUAAUACAUUUAUUCUUAGAGUAGCAGAUGUUUGAAGUGUAGGAGAACAAAAAAAAGUAUAUUUUUUCGCAUAACUUUAUGACAAAAAGUAAAAAAAAAAAAAGAUAAAAAAAGGAAUAAAUACACGGCAUGUUUAACAAGUAGCUCCAUUUCUACAUUUUACCUUAUGAAUAUCAGAUUGAGCAACUUGUAACUGAAUGUAAAGUACAGAAUUAUUUGCUUCGUGUUAGGAAAUUUUAGGAAUGUUUGAAGAGUUUAUUUUUCAUAUUUUAUCAUCUAACAUCCCCUCUGCUUUGUGUUCUCUAUGAAAGUGCAGUAUGUAGCAAUAAGUUUGCUUAUAGCAUAGUUUAAAUGAUAUGGAUAGUGAAUAAUGGCAGUUAGGGGAUAAUACAGGGAUGAUUAAUAUUAGGUUGUUUCUUGGUAGCAAACUUAGCCCAUUUCACGGUUUGACACGGCUGAGGCUUAUUAUUUGUAGUGUACAGGAUAUACCAUGACAUGUGCAGUUGCUUAGGCCAGUAUAAAGCACUGCAUUAUAUUUUUGCAUAUUUGUUGAAAUAAUGUAAUUUUAUUCCUAUUUUAUUCAUCUGUUAUACAAAUGCCCAUAUGUUGCCAAAGGCAUAAAUGUUUAUUUGCAGUGCAGGUUGCCUGCAACCAUAUUCCAACCCGGUAUAUGGGCCAUCUGGGGAUGUUAAACUGACCUUUUAUUAAAAGAAAAAAAAAAUGAUACCUAAGGUAUGAUUUCAUGGUAACAUUAUUUUUAAAAUGUAAAAAAAAAACUUUUAUCAGUUUUGUUGUAGUGAUGCUAAAAGCUUUUUUUUCUCUUUUAUCUAAUUUAUGCUGUGAGAAGGUUGUCACACAAGCUUUCUGAAUAGCAUAAGGGAUAUCAAUAUGCCUGAAAGGAUAGGCUAUGAUAAGUGUUGAGGUAGAGAAAAGAUUCUAAUGUAGUCAUUUUUUUUUAUUUUCUUUUAUUUUUUACUCAGUUUCACUGUAGUUUACAUUAGAAAAGUACAAACUAUAAUUAGAUUUACAGUAAUUAGAAAUAGUAUCUUGCAUUUAAAUUGUAAUUAAUUUAUCUGUUGGUAGGCAUUAUGGUAAUAUGUGGAAGUGAUGUAUUUUAAAGGGGUUUCAUUUGUUUUCAUUUGUAUAUAAAUCUAUUUUUAUUUUUUUGUUAAUUAUUAGUCUGAAGUAAUAUUGUAGACGAUAAAAACUUGUACCACAUGACACCAAAGAUGUACAUUAUUCCCAGGCAUCACUCACAAAGACUUGUUUUCAGUGCGUAAUAUCAGCCAUUCAAAAAUGAUACGUUUUCAAAUCUGUUUUGUUUUCAUUAAUAUUCGGAAAUUUAAGCUUCAAAAAUAAAUUGCACAGAAUCUUCUAAAAAAAAGGAGAUAAAUGUAAUAUCAUAUCCAAAUUGUAGUAAUCAUAUAUAUCCAUAAGCAAUAAAAACAAAAACAAAAACAAAAGAUCAAGAGGCAUCAUUUUGAUUGGUUGAUAUAUACCACUCAUUACAUAAGUUUCAGCAUCUUCAUUCACGUACAACCUGGGAAACUGGAACUUCUAUUGUAAGAGGAAUAUUUUUUUCUCCAAAUAUGAUGUUACAACUUUUGCCCCUGUGGAGACAGAUAUUUUCUGUUGAAUAAAAUAUACACAGAAC